GGAAGGAGGGGGGGCUCAGCCUACUGUGCCGCAUCCUGCUCGUCCGAAGAAGACUUUGCCUUGCCUCAUCUUCCUAUCGCUACCAGUAAUUACAUACUGGUUGGUCCUGUCAACGUUAGUGAUGAGCGCCAACGCAACAAGAGAGAAACGAGCCGCAAGCCCUCUGUGGCAUCGUGCCCUAGAGCGAUAUCGAGAGGAGCUCAACCAAAAUGACGAUUACCAGUCUGUCACCGAGAUUGCGUCGCUCGAUGAUCUCCUGAAUUAUACCAAAACGAUCGAGAAGAAUCUCCCUCCAGAUCGAAAUGCGUUUGGCUCCUUGCAGCGCCUUGGCCCAGCACUAAAGUUCGUUGAUGACUUUUCGGCCGUGAUUGCAGUUUGUUUCGGGGCUGAUGCUAAACUGACAGCCUUUGUAUGGGGCAGUAUACGCUUAAUGUUAACUCUAGCGUCAUCCGCAGGCGAUACUCUCAAAGAUGUCCUCGAUAUGCUCGAAGAGCUGAGCCUUACAUUGCCAAGGCUUAGGAGCUAUGAGAGUAGUCUUGAAAUGAAUCGGAUACUCGAAGCUGCUCUCGUCGAUGUUUACACCGAGGUCGUAUGCUUUUACGCACGUUGCAUUCACUUCUUCCGAUCACACCCACAUGUACUGCUACGACGCGGUGCAUGGGAGAACUUUCGCGACGACUUCGCUCGCACUCUUAAACGUAUCCGACGGCUUUCUACAACAGUAGAGAAUGAAGCAGACUUCGCUCGCAUGAAACGUGACCACGGAAAAUACGAUGAAGUGCUGGGGUUAAUGGAGAGGUUCAAGGAUGUCAAAUUGGAAAUGGAUGGGCCAAAGCGAUAUCAAAACAUUCCCUCCACGCUCAAUUCCAGGUUCUGGGGCAGAGAGGAUGUUCUAGACGCUCUCCAAAAGGCUCUGUCUCCAGAGCAGAAGUCUCACCAACUCAAGACAUUUGCACUCUACGGCAUGGGAGGUGUUGGGAAGACCCAGAUUGCCUUGCAAUACGCCAAUCGCCAUCGCGACUUGUAUAAGACUAUUCUUUGGGUCAGUGCUGACAAUGUCAUAAAUAUGGGGCAAAGCUUUCGCGAGAUUGCGAAGUUACUGGGGUUGUCCCAGACUGAGCAGGAAAUACAAGACACGCAAGGGUGUAUGUUAAAAGUCAAGAACUGGCUAUCUGAAGCUUCCGAUCCUUGGAUUCUCAUUUUCGACAAUGCGGAUAAUCUUGAUGUGCUACGGCACGCCUGGCCCACGAACGGCGCAGGAUCGGUGCUACUGACGACACGGGAUGCGAACGCGGUUCACACUCCUGCUUCAAAAGGCUUUCACGUUCAACCAUUCGACGUUGCGGCCGGAUCGGAGGUGUUGCUUAGCUUAGUGGGCCUCGAUUAUUCUUCUACGUCGAACCGCGAGAAAGCCAUCGAGAUCACAAAAGCCCUUGGGGGCUUGCCUUUGGCUCUCACUCAAAUCGGAGGCUUCAUCGUGCAGCGAAAGCUGCCUCUUCGAGACUUUCUUCCACUGUACGAGCGCAACGCGUCCCGGAUAGACUCCCGUAAGACUAGCAUAAGUGACUACGAGCAUACCUUGAGUACAGUGUGGGAGAUGUCCAUGAAGAGGCUUGAAGGAGAUGCUUAUACCCUGUUCAACAUGCUGCCAUACUUUCAGCCGGAUGGCAUAGAUGAGAUAAUUUUAUCUCAGGGAUCGAAGUCUGUUGAUGAGCCUACUUAUGAAUUCCUUCAGGAUGAUAUGGAUUUGGGAGAUGCAGAAGAAGUUCUGCUAAGGACCAGUCUCGUGAACAAGGAUGCGGAGGAUGCUGUUCUGUCUGUCCAUCGUCUUAUCCAAGCGACCAUUCUUCGUAACCAGUCUCCCGAUGCCCAAGAGAAAACAUUUGGCAUCGUUGUCCGUAUCCUUAGCUGGGGUUUCCCUGAUACGUGGAGCGAGGACAUUGGCCACCAGUUCCAAUCAUGGGCGAAUUGCGAAAAAUGCCUCCCUCAUGUCAAUCAUUUAGUGGCGCAGCGAGAGAGGCAAAAGAUAGGUCUUGCUUGUCCUCAAGAAUACGGUGAAUUGCUUCUGCGAUGUAGUUGGUAUCUCUAUGAACGGGAAUGCUAUGAUAUCGCGAAAUCACUGAUCAAUGCGGCUUUGGAGACCUUCGAAGAUAGAAGCUCCCUCUCCUAUGCCAGUGCAGUCGACCUAUCUGGUCUUCUUGACCUGGACAUGAACAAUCCAGAUCAAGCGCUGAUCCCGUUCGAAGAGGCUUUUGCAAUCCGUAAAAGACUAUUGAAGCCAACGGAUGGCAUGAUUGCAUCGAGUCUCAACAACAUAGCGCUCGCGUACACCGAAAUGGGUGAGCUUGACAAGGCCUACGCCACACACGAAGAAGCCAUUAGUAUCAGGCUCAAUACCAGCAGUGACAGGAUCGGUAACUCUUACAGCAAUAUGUCUAGCUUGCUCUUGAAAAUGAACAAGCCUGAUGAAGCCGAGGAUAUGCUCAAACGAUGUCCAUCGCUUAAAGAUUUCACGGAUGAAACUUUCAUCAAUACUGGAAAUCCGCGCUUUUCUGGGGAUAUGGUCCUUCUUUCUCGUAUACGAAUCAAGCAAGGCAGACUCGACGAGGCACUUCGUCUCGCAUCGAAAGCUCUAGCUUUUCGACAAAAAUUGCUAGGAAACCGCCUGAAGACGUGCGAUUCGUUGUAUGACGUAGCAUCUCUACUGCACAUGCACGGGAACGCCGCUUCUGCAAUUGAGCUACUAAGCCAACUAACGAAAAUUGCGGGAUCUAUACCCGAGGGCAAGGGUCAGCUUGCCAGAGCUUACUACAAGCUUGCUGUUCUCCAGCACGAAAGAGAAAGAUACGAGGAAAGUCAUACCUCUAGGGAAAUGGCGCAAAAUCUGCGGGCUGAAUUGAAACCAGAUGCUGGAGGAGCACCAUUCAUCGAAGAAGAGUUUGCGAAAUUAUGUGUCUGGAUGUUAUGGUAAAUUACUCUGGGUACCUAGGUAGUUAAGUACUUCUGUCCCCUAACUGUUAGGCCGGCCUGUCCCUCCCUAUGCAGCAGUGUGCGGAUCCCCAACAAACUGUUAUAUCCUGGUAGUUUCACCUGAGUACACAUACUUGUGUUAUCUAUUUGGUAGUAAAUAGGUAAUUUUUCAUCUUUCAAGUCAGUAGGAAUUAUAUUCCGUACAGUGGGAUUGAAAAAAAUGGAACCACACAAAGACUCUCAUCGUACUUCAUGC